UAAGAACACAAUUUGAACAAGUGCCAUGAUGCAACCUUUUGCAUCCGCCUGUCAAAACGCCAUGCUCGACGCAUUGCUGACAGAUAUCUUCGAAGUCCACCUCUUCGCCAUGAGAGUGAAUGAUCAUUGCACGCACGGCAGCUUGAUUCCCUUUUUUGAGACGUUGGUAGACAGCCCAGAUCAAGUAAGGCACGGCCUCGAGAGCAGCCUUCCAGCGGUCGGCAUGCCAUAUCUCAAUUGUCAUUGUGUCGGUGGUCUUUCCAGAUACCACACGGAAACCAAGAAUCUCUCUCGUGUCCUCUUGCUAAGCAUAAUCAGCAUGAUGUUAUCUGCGGGGACCAAAAGACUUACACUGAUUUCUAUAACACCCAGAGGUGGGAGGUGUCUGUGACUUCCUGCACUGCAGUCCAGAUCAUCAUUUGCCGUAUGAGCAGUAUGCUGAAGAGUUUGAGCUGUAGAAACCACAAAAAUGAAUGAUUUCACCAUCUUGAACAUGAGGCAACUCAGUAACCAACUUGAACAAUGAGACGAGCCAAGCAACGAGUGAGCCAUUAUAAGUUUGAGACCUGACCAGCCAACCCCUUGCCCCAAUGCCAGCCACUUCGAGUUAAGAGUUAACGGUCUCAAUCAUCUGCUCCGCACCAACUUGGACCGCCUGCAUUAUUUAUCAGCGCCGUUAGGUCUCGAAGAGAUACCCUGGCAGUCACGAUUUGCGACUGACUGUCCAUCCUUCAGAUGAACCACUGGCCAGAAAUAGUUCGCCCUGCAUUAGCGUUGUUGCCCUCAAUCGACAACCCAAUUCAUUCUACGCACCCCUCCCAUGUCACUUCCCGGCCUUUCAGGGGCAGCUGGGUUUGUGCCAUCCUUUCUUUGCACUGUUGCAGUAGGAUAAGAUCAGCUGCCGAUUGUGACUUACAUGGGGCACUCAGUGUAGUUGUGUUUAUAUAACUUGGCGGCGCCUCCACUCACUCAUUUAUUGAUUCGCAUUUCUCCAAAUCCAGUUGAUCACAAUGGAAAGACGAAAUGUACCAUAUGCCUCGAAUGCCUGCUUUACAUGUCGACGACUGAAGCGAAAGUGCGACAAAGACGAGCCAUGCAAACCAUGUAAGACCAGAAAUUUACAAAGCGUGAAAGAGUCUCUUACAGAGAUGUUCCAUACGGACCGUCGAACAUCAGCGGAUACAGCGAGCUCAUAUACCCGCUUCUGCUAUCUAAUACGCCAAAGAAGCUCCUUUCUACAGGGGUUUGGAUAUGUACUCGGAGAUGGCAACCCCAUAGUUGAACAUCCCCAGGUCUUGCCUGUCCUCCGCAAGGCGAUACAUAAGUUCCAAAACGGUCAACAGACAAUAUGUCAUAGAGACUUGACAAUUGAGAUUCUACUUGGCGAGCCAAAGCAAUCUGCAAAGCUCUCAGUGCUUCACGACGGUGAAGUUCUUAUAACAGCUGAGUUCUUUGGAGAGGCGCCUGGGCAACAAGUCAAAGUCUGGUUGUUGAAGAUAGCGGAUGGGACCACCAGUUUCCUGGGCCCUCCCACAUGGCUAGGGCCGACGCGGUGGUGUAUCGUGACGAACUACGAUAAUUUAAUUGGGCAUGCCGUCAUUUUCACUCGCCGCCCAGGAGAAGAGGUGAUAUCUGUACCGGUGCCGCCAGGAUCAAACAAAUUACUGUUCCUUGAAUCAUCCCAAUCACCGUUCCUUGAAUCAUCUCAGUCACCGUUCCUUGAAUCAUCUCAGUCACCGUCUCAUGAGUCAACAUCUUUUUCGGUACCGUGGGUUAGCUCACCUCAAGCCGAAAGGCAACCCACAUGUGCAUGGGUCUACAAAUACGGCGGUGAGCGUUCGUCUCAGAAAGGCAUCCUUAUUAAGCUCAACUCUGUUUACUAUACUGGCGAGGCCAAUCGCCACCUCCGAAAACUACUGAUUGCUUCUGUAGAGGAACAGUCUGGGGAGGAUUCAAGACACUGCGAAGAGCUUUCGAUAACACCCUAUCGAAUCCACUAUUGCACGGAGAAAUAUGUUGAGAAGAAGCUCCAACUCGAAGCCAACUUCUCUCGAGAUAUAUCAGAUCGUUCUAUUUUCAUCGAAGCAUAUACGCCUGGUGAGAGGCGCUGUUCCAUCUAUGCUCAACAACAUAAAGAAGCAAGCCAGUGCAGUAUCUCUAUCGAUACUGAUUACUAUCGUGACAAAAUUAUUGUUUUCAACUGCGAUGAUGAGUACAUAGCAUCAUGUCCAGUCAAGCGACGUUGGACAGUGCAUUGCGAAAACCUCCUUUACAAAAUGAAACGAAAAAAGAAGGAUGAUUCAUAUAUCUACAACUUCUUUUCAUCUUACGUAAGGAGUUAUAUCGCUGAAGAUUUAGCAUGGUUCAGUCAGACAGUCAAGCGCAAAUACUCCCAAGGAAGAAAAAGUGUGGUCUCAAAGUUGAUUGCAAGUGGGAAAGAGUUCCAUUGGCGAAAAGAUCGUCAAAACCUAGGAGAUGAAUUCCGUGGUAUGCAGUACUCUGCAUUUUAUGAGUUAUGGAGAACCCAGGGUGUCGGCCAGGGCCGCUAUUCUAGAGUACGUUAUAAUUAAGCAGUCAUAUUUCCAUCACUUCAAUGCACAAAUUAUAAUACACCGAAAUCAAUCCACUCGUCAAGUUUCCUUCCCAACCUUACAUCCAAAAUGCUCUUUGGAACGGGAG